GCAUCACCCGAGGAGACGAGAGAGCGAUUGAUGAGGCUGCACACGACCACAACAACAACACAAGACGAGCAUGUUGCAUCUUCCUGCGUUUCAAAUUCACAUUUGUGUAGUUAACACAAUCUAAACGUUUAUAAUGUCGAUGUAAAAAUCUGCAUUUAAGAGCGAAUGCAUCGUCAUCAAAACAGUUGGAUUAAAACGACGAUCGGUUGUGCCAUGGUUACCGUAAACCGUUUUGUAUCUUCUUCCCCAGCCCGUUGCUGGCAAACAUACAUGUUUUAGUCCUGACGAUGCAUUAAACGAUGGCGUAGCUGGAUGGACGUCGGUGACGUAGGUCUGUGGAUGUCCACGUUUUGCACACGGUGGCAGGUGCACUGUGCCUCGAUCAGUGUGCCAGAUAACAGAGCUCUGUGUUGACAUUGCCAUUGGGUAGGCCUCGGGUGAGCCGGGGAACACAAAAGACGGAGCAGGCCUGUUUGCAUUAUGACAGUAAAAGGGCCAAAUCCAGUGGAAGCCACAGACGAUGGCUUCUGGGACCAGUUCUGGGCAGACACCACCACCACGGUCCAGGAUGUGUUUGCGCUGGUGCCAGCUGCAGAGAUAAGAGCUGUCCGAGAGGAGUCCCCUUCCAAUUUAGCAACCCUCUGCUACAAGGCCGUGGAGAAGCUGGUGCAGGGCGCAGAGUCCGGCUGCCCCACGGAGCGGGAGAAGCAGGUGAUCCUGAACUGCACUCGCAUCCUGACCCGCAUCCUUCCCUACAUCUUCGAGGACCAGGACUGGAGGGGAUUCUUCUGGUCAACGGUGCCCGGUGCUGGACGGGCUGGGGCAGAUGAGAUGGAUGACGAUGACGGAGCUCGACCACUGGCCGAGUCGCUGCUCCUGGCUAUCGCUGACCUGCUCUUCUGCCCCGACUUCACUGUGCACAGCCACAAGAGAGGCCCAGACUCGGUAGAGAGCAUGCAGUCUAUAGACAGCUGUGAAUACAUCUGGGAAGCAGGGGUGGGCUUUGCCCAGUCCCCCCCUCUCAACUACAUCCAUGACCUGAAUAGGACAGAGUUGCUGAGACUGUUACUGACCUGCUUUUCCGAGGCCAUGUAUCUGGCUCCUUCAUCGGACAACAAUGUCCUCAACCCGUGGGUGACUUUCUUCUGCUCCACAGAAAAUAGACAUGCUCUGCCUCUGUUCACGUCUCUGCUGAAUGUGGUGUGCGCCUAUGAUCCAGUGGGCUUCGGCAUCCCGUACAACCACCUGCUCUUCUCUGACUACCGGGAGCAGCUGGUGGAGCAGGCGGUACAGAUCCUCAUUGUGACGCUCGAGCACGACGGAGGGGUUCCCCACCGCCCUGCCUCGCCAUCCAGCAUUGAGGAGCACGAGUCUACAGGCCCUGAAAACCUGUUUGUGAAUUACUUGUCGAGGAUUCACCGAGAGGAGGACUUUGACUUUGUAUUGAAGGGCCUAGCUCGUCUGCUGACCAACCCUUUGACACAGACCUACCUGCCCAACUCCACAAAGAAGAUCCAGUUCCACCAAGAGCUGCUGGUUCUCUUCUGGAAGCUCUGCGACUUCAAUAAGAAAUUCCUGUUUUUCGUCCUGAAGAGCAGCGAUGUGCUGGAUAUUCUGGUUCCGAUACUCUUCUACCUGAAUGAUGCCAGGGCUGACCAGUCCCGCGUUGGACUCAUGCACAUCGGCGUGUUCAUUUUGCUGCUGUUGAGCGGGGAGCGAAACUUUGGUGUGCGCUUGAACAAGCCCUACUCCAUCCACGUGCCUAUGGACAUCCCGGUGUUCACAGGGACGCACGCUGACCUGCUUAUAGUGGUGUUUCACAAGAUUAUCACCACAGGCCACCAGCGUCUCCAGCCUCUGUUCGACUGCCUACUCACCAUUGUUGUGAAUGUCUCUCCCUACUUGAAGAGCUUGUCCAUGGUGGCAGCCAACAAACUGCUCCACCUGCUGGAGGCCUUCUCCACCAGCUGGUUCCUGUUCUCUGCGGCGCAGAACCAUCACCUUGUAUUUUUCCUUCUUGAGGCUUUUAACAAUAUCAUCCAGUACCAGUUUGACGGAAACUGCAACCUGGUGUACGCCAUCAUCCGCAAACGUAACGUGUUCCACCAGCUGGCCAACCUGCCGUCCGAUCCCGCCUCCAUUCAAAAGGCUUUGCAGAGGAAGAAGAAGUCGCCAGAUGUCAUUUCCCGUACAAGCUCCCAGGAGACUGUGUCGAUGGAGGGUUCACACCCUGCUGUGCCCGCGGAGCCUGGUACACUGAAGACCAGUCUGAUAGCUAUACCAGCCAUUGAUAAACUCACCGAGAAGUCACAGGUGUCCGAGGAUGGCACCAUGGUGUCCCUCUCAAAGACAGAUUCCCCACACACUGUCCACCCAGACCAAAGUGCAGUCACCGGGACCAGUGAUACAGAGUCAAACUCAGGCAGAGACAAUGAAGAUGUUUUCUACACUGAAGCAGAAAUGGAGAGGAGGCGUCUGUCAAGUGUGUCUUCAACAUCAUUGUGGGCUCCAAUGCCAGAAUGGGUGCUUUCCUGGAAAUGUAAGCUACCCUUACAGACUAUCAUGCGUCUUCUACAAGUGUUGGUUCCCCAGGUGGAGAAGAUCUGCAUCGACAAGGGUUUGACAGAUGAAUCGGAGAUCCUGAAGUUUCUCCAGCAUGGCACAUUAGUGGGGCUCCUGCCAGUUCCUCACCCCAUCCUCAUCAGAAAGUACCAGGCCAACGCAGGCACUGCCAUUUGGUUUCGCACGUACAUGUGGGGUGUCGUCUAUUUGCGCAAUGUGGACCCUCCUAUCUGGUAUGACACUGAUGUCCGCCUAUUUGAGAUUCAGAGGAUGUAGACAGAAGGCUUUUAUGGCUAAAAACAAACAAACAUGGGCCUGCUCAGUGCGCGGGUUCCUCUAUUCUUCAAUCUCUGCUGGUUUCCCAGUAAACCUCACUGUGUUAAACUUUCCAACAUAGUCGUCGUCCUUCAAAAUGCUUGCCCCUUACACCAAUGACUUGGGUAGGAGAGACAUUCAGAUGAGUGAGGAGGUAGCGGUCAGAUAGAGGACAAACGACUGCAUUAGUAUUGUCCAUAACUAAAAGAAAACAGCUGUUUGUACAUUUCUUCAGACCUCAAGACCACAGAAUGUCUCGUCAAAGCACUGCGAUGACUGCAGCUGAAAGAUGAGGCUCUAUUCUUGACAGCAUAGACGAGAAGGAGGAAAUAUGAUUUAACUUUUCAGUCAGACUUGUUAUAGAAGAUAUCGUGCUUUCCAACAGAGGCUAACAUACGUAUCCUGGAUGGCACAAUAUUGGGUGUUUGACAUUGUCGUACUUGCCAUGCUAUAAAGUUAACUUGCACUCUUUAUAAGUUGUCUUGUUAUUAUGGUUGUAGUUUGUGAUAAUGUAACUACAGGAUCUUGAAGACAAUGGUACAGAUGUUUUUAUGUAUAUGACCAGGUUUACGUUUUGAACUGGCUGGCUGUGCUUACAACGCUUGAUGUCGAAAACUGUAUUUUCCUUAAAUUUUCCUGAAAAUAUAUAUUGAUAAGCUCUAAAA